CGCAGAUGUUGCUGCGGGGCUGCAUUACUUGACGUUAACAUCCGCGAGCAGUUCUGUCUGCCACCUUUGCCACAGAAGAAACACUUCACACCGGGCAUAUUGCGACGUCGGUCGAAAGCUGGCGUCAAAUGAGAAUCGACCCUGAGGCAAGGAGUUGGCUCAGCAAGAUCGUUGAAGCAGGUCUAGAUUGGAGAGCCUUCAGAAAAUUGAGCAGACCAUACAAUAAGAAGUCUGGAAUGCUUUCUUCGAAUGAUCCUGUGGACGUGUCUGAACUUCUUCGAAUCUCUUACAACGACUUUUACAAUUUCCUUUUAUAUCUGGCUGGAAUUACGAUUCAAGGAAUUCUCUUGGAGGAAAGCGUCUAGUCUCUCUAUAAGUACAUUUGUUAGCUUAUAUAACGAAAGGAUAAUUAGUUACUAGCCUAAAAUUCU